AUGCCUUUCUUUGUGGCCCUUGUGGUCACAGCAGAGAUCGCCUUCUUGGGUAAGCUUGACAUCGUAAAGAACACAGCUUUAGUCGAUUCGUGGGCCGACUUGUUCUCCCCGGCUCCGUUGAUUCAUGAACUGGCGGUGGGGAGUGAUGAUUUGGGCUUGCUGAGUUGCGAGGAGUGGUUGGAGAGAGAGGAUGCUGCAGAGUAUUCCAGGGACUUUGAGAAAGAACCCAAAAUCCCUGUGUAUGAUACGAUUGCCUCUUUCAGUGUUUCCCACAGUUGUAGAGCCAUUUUUGGUUUCACUGGACUGAGAAGGAGAGAGAAUAGAGAGGAGACUGAAGAAGCGGUGAAAUUUUAUCAACUCCCAGUCCGAGUCAUAGCGGGGUGGAAAGCAUUUGAUUUGAGAGACAAGCAUGAUGCCUUCCACAAACGAUAA